AUGAUUGAUAAUAAAGAGCAUAAGCGGAAGAGUCCAAAAAUUAAACUUCCGCUCAAAAUAUUUGUAUAUUCCGUAAUAACUUUACUAUCAGUCCUCUAUUUAGCAGAUGGUGGUGCUCCUUUACCACCUUUUUCAAAAAGAUUAGAUUCGAUGGACUGCGACGGACUAAAAUUGCUCGAUUUUCAACAAUCUCCCGGACUUAUUAACGCUUCUUUUUUAGCAAAACCUUCGAUUGAAUAUCCUCCAGAGUAUUUACCAAAUUUUAUUAAUUUCAAAAUAAAAUCUAGUGCAGUUAAAAUGGAAUAUUCUGGCGACCAGCUCUUUUCUAUAAGCAGAGAUAAUCAUACAUUGAACGUUUCUUUUCAAUACGUAAUCGCAGGAAAUUCAACAAUCUCAAUUACAUGUUUAAAGUCAUAUAAUUAUACGUUUAAUACAUAUUUACAAGAAAUACCUAGUAAUGGUAAAGGGUUAAGUCGAUCUAAUGAUCCAAAAGAUGAUAUGGCAGAAUUUGAAGACGUCUGCUCCGAAAAAGACACAGUUAGUUUCUUCUGGCCAUUCCUAGUUGAGUUCGAAAAGAUAAAUCACGAUCAUAAACCAAUAGAUGUUGCUGUUUACGAUUGGUUACUUCAAGAUUUUCUGAAAAUGAAAAAUCUUACAACCACAACUGAUCCAUCUAUCUUAAUAUCUGGUUCUCCAAGCAAAACGUGGGAGAAAAUCUUGUUUUGGCUUAUUCCAAUUACAAAUACAGUCGGAACUCAUAAUUUAAAUGGAAAGCGAAUCCAAUUUUAUUCAAGAUCAAGUAUGUCUACUGAUGAUACCAUUAUACUACAAAAAAUCUCUCAAACAAUGCCAUCAGAUUUUGAAAACCAUUGUUUUUCAUAUUUAUACAUUUCUCCUACUAGACAGACAACAGAUAUCCAUAAAGAUCCUAUUUACAAGCUUCCAUCGAAUUUUGAUCAAUUAAGAAAUACAUUUGUUAAAUAUCCUCAUGAAAUCAAAACGAUUGUUGUUCACGAGGAUUUAUAUGAGAUUAGAGAUGCUCUUUUUGAAGAAUUUCCAGGAAAAGAUAUAGUUUUACUAAGAAAAGAAUUUAAUUUACUUGAAUCUGCAAGUUUAAUGAGCAAAGCGCAAAUUUACAUUGGAAAUCAUAUGUCUAAUAUUGUAUAUGCAGCUUUCAUGAAGCCAGGUGGAACUUUAAUUGAUUUAUCUCCAAAAGAAUAUUCUUGUUUCAUGUGGACAUCUGAUUUCGUUAAAAGUGCUAAUAUUUCAUAUAUUAGAGUUAAUAAUGAUGGUUGUACAUGUGAUAAUUAUACUUGUUAUCCAUAUUCACCAAUUAUUGAAAAAAUACCAAGCAAUUUAAUUGCUGAUGCCAUCAAGAAAGCACUUUCUUCUUAA